UGAAAAUGUCCGAGUGAUGGAACAGAUUAAAGGACCAGCGUGCAUUGCGGAUUUUACUUUUUGGGACAACAGCCUUUGUUUCUGAGCAUGUGGAGGAUUUAUUUUCUUUGAUAUAGUUUCUCUCCUCUAUGAGAAUCAGCUGACAGCAUGGGAAUACUGCUGAUAUUUGCUGUCGUGCAGGUGGUGACAGUCGGAUUGGUGACCGCUGGCUGCCCGGUGGUGUGCGAGUGUCCGGCCGGGCCUCCGUCCUGCCCCCCGGGGGUCAGCUCGGUGCCGGACGGGUGCGGCUGCUGUAAGGUUUGCGCGGCGCAGCUGAACCAGGACUGCCACGAAGGACGGCCCUGCGACCACCACAAAGGCCUGGAGUGCAACUACGGCAACGAUGUGGGCCGAACACACGGCAUCUGCAGAGCAAAGGCAGAGGGCCGCUCAUGCGAGUACAACGGGAGGAUUUACCAAAACGGCGAGAACUUCAGCGCCGGCUGCAAGCACCAGUGCACCUGCAUCGACGGGGCGGUGGGCUGCGUGCCGCUUUGCCCGAGCCACGUGCCGCUGGCCUCGCCCUCCUGUCCGGCCCCACACCUGGUCAAGGUGCCCGGCCAGUGCUGCCUCAGCAUCGACUGCCACAAGGGAUCCACCGUCGUGCCCCCGGUCCACCGCCGACCCCAGCCUCCGGCCUACCCGCCUUACCCCUUCAUGCCGUACCCAGCCUACCCCUUCCCGAAGCCUUACCCGAAACCUUUCCGGAAGCUGUACCCCUACAAACCCAAGAAGGAGAAGGACACCCUGGGCAAUGAGCUGGUGGAGGUGGGGCGCAAGUGGGACAACAAGCCCCGUGGAAACAAGCACCUGGCGGCCUGGAGGCAGCUGGGGGAUCAGUGUGUGGUUCAGACUACUUCCUGGUCCCAGUGUUCCCGGAGCUGUGGGAUGGGCGUCUCCUCUCGUGUUACCAAUGACAACGCCAGAUGUAAACUGAUCAAGGAGACGCGACUGUGCAACAUUCGGCCCUGCAGCUCCAUGUCCGUCCCCGUCAAGAUGAGGAAUAAAGGAAGGAAGUGCUCUCGGACCCACAAGGCCCCUGAACCCCACCGCCUGUCCUACGCCGGCUGCAGGAGCACUCGCCUGUACCGACCGAACUACUGCGGCGUCUGCAGGGACGGCCGCUGCUGCUCGCCCCGUCGCACGCGGACCGCCGGCGUGAGCUUCGCCUGCCCCGACGGCGAGCGCUUCAGCCGCUCCGUGAUGUUCAUCCAGUCCUGCAAGUGCAGCGACGAGUGCAACCACCUCAACGAGGCCGCCAUGCCGCCUCAGCGGUGGCUCUACGGAGACACACACAAGUUCAUCGACUAGACAUUCCCUCACAACGAACAGACAAUAACCCCCCCGUAGUGAUCCCCAUUAUAGAGUAGCUGUCCUUAGUGUAUCUAUGAGUAGACGCAAGCCAGGUGAACGAGAAACUGGGGAGGAACGGGGAGAAUGGAUGGGGAAGAGCAGGUGCUUUAGUGUAGAUAAACGCUGUCGCUACAGACUGUGACGAGACCUCCAUGGACGCUACCAAACCUCCUCUGAGACUUUUGAUGAGGACGCUGGAGCAAGACACACACACACACACACACACACACACACACACACACACACACACACACACACACACACACACACACACACACACACACACACACACAUACACACACACACACACACACACACACACACACAGAACUGCUGAUGUUUCAGUCGGUGGAUCCAUGUCACAGUUUCUUAGGUCCGACAGAAGGCCAGUUGACCUUGCGCUGGAGCAGAAUAAAUGCACUCCAAUAACUUGAUAAACCAAAUGAAGACAAAGAAACCGGUUCGUCAGAAGACGGACGAGCACCGUGUCUUUGCAUGGUAUUUAUUCACUGGUAUUUAUUGAGACAGACGUGACGACACAGUGGCACAGUGGGGUCGAUACGUUUGGACGGACAAAACAGCUGAGAGCUGUCGGCCAUGACGACUCCCCCGCCCCCCAAACAGAUCUGGGGCUUGACCCCUGGGUCAGAGAGCCAUAUCUGAUGAUGGAUGAUGAAGGAGAGGAGGUAUGUGCUAGAGUUUGAACCUGAUGGGUUGAAGCAUUAGCGGGGAACAUGUCAAAGGUUGUUUACACAGCUGGACUCCCCCCCACCCACCCCCCACAUGCCUUCGACUGUACAAGAGACAUUUAGCAAGAAGCAGAAGAACAAGCCUGGGAUUCUGGCGCCGAGACGUCGAACCGCCUAAUUCUGAGCAAAUUACAAUCCUGACUCAGCGAGAGUCGACUCUCUGGUUUGCUGUAAAAAUACAAUUUGAAAAACGGCGUCUGCGGAGGUAAACAUGUAAUUUGUGACUUGCGGGUUGGAGCCCAAAUGGGGCCUGUAAUCGAGCAGCAUGUGAGCUCAUGAAACAAUAACUCACGCUUUAUCCGUGUUCCAGAGUCCGGGGGAAGCAUUGCAAAGGACAUUAGAGGGAAGGAUCCCAAAGGACAUUUCGAUCCUUCGUUAAGAUCACCUUGCACCGUUUUUGAUUUCCACCUACAGAGGAACUGACUUUUACCUUUACUGAAUCACCCCCCCAUUUCCAGUGUUUCAAAGAUACGUUUUCUCUUCAUAACAUAGCAGCUUAGAUAUUCCUCCUGGAACAUAUUUGCAUCGUCUACCAUCUCCAGGCUUUCUUAGUGGCCUGACGACUCUUACAGGUGCCCAAAACAUAAGGGGGUUGCUAUUUGCCCGUGUAGACGCUGUGGUUUUGGUACUGUAUGUGUAGUUUUGUGUACGGAACACGAUAGAGCAGCUAUGUACAGAUGCAUUGUUACUUUUCUUUGUAGAUCUCUCUGCUGUAUAAAGGGCCAAUCCUUCCACCCAGUUAUACUGAAGUAGUCCAUGAUGUAGAGUUUAGCACUGAACAGAGCGGGGUUCAGAUCCUUUAGUGCCAAUUUGAAAGCGUGAGGAUUGUGUGUCUACUACAAAUACUGCAGUAACAGAGUCAUGCUUUUUAGGAUCACAUGUGUUAAAAAAAGACUUGCUGGAAACGGGUUGCCUAACAAAUAAUUGGAUGUUUGAGAGUUGGAAGUUCAUUUUGCAUUUUUAAUAAAGACAUUUUCACUCCUA